AGCGUAGUCGAGUCGAUUCGGCGGCGCUGAAGUCGCAGCACAACAACAACAGGGACUCUCCAUUCAUUCUCCGCGAGGAACCUUCGGUGCCUUUCUAGUGCUCACACUUUGUUGCAGUCGCCGCUGCUCGGGAACUGGGAGUGCGUGCUGCGCGUGUGCUUGCGUGCAGGAAGGCAAGGCCAUGCAGUGAGUGCAGGAGCGCGUGUGUCCGGAGGAAGGAGAGGGACGUCGUUGUGCUGUGUUGUGACCUUCCUUCCUCGCUGCCAUUGUCUCUCUCUCUGUCUCUCUAUGGCUCCCGCAGCCAACAAGGACGCCGAUAAAGGGCGGAAGGAGGCGGCCACCCGGGAGCUGGAGGCAGACGAAGGCUUCGACUCGCCUUCGGUGGUAAGGGCGGGCGGCGGCGAUGCCAAGGACCAGCGCCUCCCCUCGAGGUCGGACUCGGACGCGGAGGGCGCCUCGCAGAGUUCGCGGUCCAACGGCAGCGCGAGCGCCAGCGAUAGUGACAGCCAGCCGGACUCUGGAACUCAUGGAAUCUCUGACGUGGAGGACGAGCGAAGAAGGUCGUCCUCGGGGCGGGUUGAGGGGGCGCGAAGUGAUAAGGACGGUGUGGAGGCCAAGGCGGAGACGCUGGCAGAGUGCAUUGUGUUCUCUCUUCUGGGCAAGAGAACGGGAUCCGGACAGGAUGAAGUGGAACGCACCCUGCUACGUUGUGUGCGAAUAGUCAUGCAGAAGCAUGAGAUCUUCUUGAAGGGCAUGAUGAAAAGGCUGGAUAUCACACGUGAGACAGGCUAUGUGUCCUUUGUUGCAGUGGCCAAUGAGCUCUUUGAGGGCGAGAAAAUGUGCAUCACAUGGGGCCGUAUUGUGGCCCUUUACGCCUUUGGAGGCCAGCUGGCUCUCUAUUGCAAGGAGAAGAACAUGGAGGACUUUGCAGUUACCAUUGCCAGGUUCAUGGGCAAAUAUGCCAGUGAAAUUGUGGCGCCAUUUGUCAGAAAAGUUGGAGGAUGGCAAAAGAUAUGUGAAGAAUACCCAGCUGAAGAUGAUUUGGAAAACAAGGCAUGGAGAUUCCUGACAUGGACUGCGAUUGGUCUUGGAAUAGCUGCAACGGCUACAUUCUUCACAUCACAUUAGCACUUCAGCUCCACUUUCAUGUCAUAACCUGGCAUCAAAGAACUGAUGUUCAGAACUCCUAUGCAUUACAGCUCAUUGCAUUCAUACAUACCCCAUAGUCACAGGAUUUCUGAUUUCUCUUGAAUUGUUACUAGAGAAAAAAAGAGAAUUGUAUGGUUUCCUAAACCCCUUAUCAAAGUUUCAUUAGUUAGUAUAUGUUAAAAGACUAAUUAUGAUGAUGCUUCCAUUUACUCUAAAAGCAGAGGAUUUCAUACAGGCAAAUCUGUAUGACUUCUCUUGAUGAAAAGGGUUUAUAAAUCAUAUUUUCAAAUUUCAAGUUUUGGAGAUCUGGUUGUUAUGUUGUGAUUGUAUUGCACAAAUAUCAGCUUGAAAAUUGAAGAUAUUAAUAUUUGUCUUGUAAUACAGAUGUAUAUUUCUUUUAAGGAUUAAUUUAUGUGUCCAGUAUACAAACAUACUCCUUAGAAAGAAAUGUGAAUAUAUUUUACAAAUUUGUAUUCUGUUGUGGUUACUGGAUUGCUAUUUAGUUUUGUCCCUUAUAAUCACGUACAUGUGUGUGAAGUAGAGCAAGGAAACAUUUCCAAGUAUUCCAUAUUUUUUCCAUAGGUUUUGCUGCAUAGUUUUUACCUGUUUAGUCAGAUGUAGCAGAAAAUCAGAUUAUUUUUUUAUGCAAAACUUGGGACUAGCCUAAAAAGAAAAAAAGAAAAGAAAAAAAAAAAAAAACAUAAGUAUAAAGGAAAAUCACAAAAAGAUAAUUGAUGAAAAUCAUUUGUCUUUGUAAAUAUUGUACAUUAUUCUUUCAGAAUAACAAAUUGUUUACUUACAGUGUCCUGAACACUGAUAAAAAUUAUCUAGUCAUUAGGUAUCGUAUAAAAUCUUGUCAGGGUGAUAUUUGGUUUAUAGAUGUAUUGUUAAUAGUCCUCCAUGGGCAAGAUCUAUAGCUGAAACAAACCUGUUCCAUCACAACUGUAUUAUAGUUUUAAUUUUCCCAUUUAUUAAGCUGAGUUAAUUUAUAUAAACUAAAGACAGAUAUAGUAUUCUGUCAGGUUUUUUUUUCCAGUUAUUUUUAUUAUUUAUUUAUUUUUUGGUUUCUUUUUACCAAAAGAAUAUAUUGAUAUUGGACAGGUAUGAUUUUUGCUAUUUUUUCUGUUAAAGUGCAAAGAAAUAUUACAGAUGUUAUAACCUUAAAUGAGGUUACUUUUUCAUCCUUAGAACUAAAGUGUCACUAGGUGGUAUAGAUUUUUUUAUAAUUAUAAUAUCAAAAUGAAUGCAACAAAAGCUCUUUGUUCUUUUUUUCAUUACCUAGAGUUAUUUGUAUCUUCCUGUGAAAGUUUUUUAAAAAGUUCAUAUGUACUUUUCCCUUCAUUUUGCACUGCUCUCAAUGGUGAUUCUUCACCACUGUUACAUCUUCCAGUUACAAUUGCAUAUAUUUUCCCUUAUGACUGUCAAAUAACUGUCAUGCCAUUAAAGACCUUUUUAACACUGAAAUAAGAGUUCUAAUCAAUAUUUAUACUGUGCUGCACAUUGUCAUUUAGUUUAAAUGAUAUAUAUAUAUAUAUAUAUAUAUCAAGACUGUGCAUGCAGUAUUUUAACUUGAAGCCACGGGGAUGGCAUGUACGUGUAUGCUUAGUCACCAAUAAGCCAAUUGCUAACUCACCUGUUUACCCUUUUCCUUGAUUUUUAGAAGUAUUUUCAGGUAUCUGAUAUUACUGUUAGUGAUGUCAAUGAUACUAUAAUCAUAAUGUCUACAAUAAAAUAAACCACAUCAAUAUUGAUAGCAUUAUUAAGGAAUAUAUAUGUGUAAAAAAAUAAAUAAAAUAUAAUAAAAAAAUAAAUCACACAUACUCAAGGAAAAGGUGAAAUUAGGGGAGGUUUCAAGGUCUGAUUGAUUCCUUUGUGGCUAAGUACUUGCAGAGCCAUCGGUGUGCAGAGACUUUCCACAAAACAAUACUACAGUGAACAAAUUUUCUUGUUUCUUUUUGUUGACUUGACAGUAUUGAGUAAAUGAUAUUUUCAUGAUUAUUUCUUUAUCAUCAAAUACUGAUACAAACUAAAAUAAGAGCAGUAUCUCAUAUCAGUUACAUUUGUAUUAAGGAUAUGAUAAUUUUAUAAAAGACUAAAGAGCA